UAGUCGGAAGCAUUUCGAGGUGGUGCUAAGCGUUCUUCCGUUUGUCAUUCAACGAGACCAUAGUAAAACCGUCUGCUUUUUCUCAGCUUUUUGUACUCAGAAGCUGAAUUUUGUGAUUCAUCGUCAUGACACUGUUUCAUUUUGGAAACUGCUUUGCUCUGGCCUAUUUCCCUUACUUUAUAACAUACAAGUGCAGUGGUCUUUCAGAGUACAAUGCCUUUUGGAGAUGUGUCCAGGCUGGUGCAACCUACCUGUUUGUACAGCUCUGUAAGAUGCUGUUCUUAGCUACAUUUUUCCCCACAUGGGAAGGAGGAGCAGGAGUGUAUGACUUUGUAGGGGAAUUUAUGAAAGCAACAGUGGACCUGGCAGACCUGCUGGGGCUCCAUCUUGUAAUGUCUCGUAAUGCUGGAAAAGGAGAGUACAAGAUCAUGGUGGCUGCCAUGGGCUGGGCAACAGCAGAGCUUGUCAUGUCCAGGUGUCUUCCUCUGUGGGUGGGAGCCAGAGGGAUUGAGUUUGACUGGAAAUACAUCCAGAUGAGCUUCGACUCUAACAUCAGUUUGGUCCAUUAUAUUGCCAUGGCAGCAGUGGUGUGGAUGUUCACAAGAUAUGACCUUCCUAAGAGCUUCAGGCUGCCUGUUACUGUGCUGCUGGCUCUCUGUGUCUACAAGGCCUUCUUAAUGGAGUUGUUUGUCCAUGUCUUCCUCUUGGGCAGUUGGACAGUGUUGCUGGUCAAAGCCGUGCUUACCGGUGCCAUCUCUCUCUGCUCACUGUUUCUCUUCGUCACUCUGGUCCACAGCAACUAAAUAAACUGCAGCACCCUGGGAUAAGCCUUCAACAGAGUUUUUGGUCCAGAGUGGACUGGGAUUGGCAUAAAUCAGAAGCUGACCCCUGUCACUAUAUCAGUCUUAGUAUCAUCAUACAACACCAAAGACUGCUGGAAAAUGCUUGUUGAUAUUGGGUAGCUGAACUGGUCUGAUGUACAAAAAAACAGGCUGAUGUACAAGCUGACCAGUUCUUCCAGUUUGUUUUGUUUUGUAUUGAUGAGAAACAUAAUGAGGGUGAAGCUUUGUUCAGUUAAAACUGCAGGAUGAACAGUGACAUUGGGAGACUUCUGUAAUAUGAUUGGCUUACCUAAGCUGUGUUGGUUAUGUGAAAAGGUGAAUUUUCUAUCUGAAUGACCACAAAUGAAAUGAGACUUUAUAAAUAACAUAUUUCUGUUCUAUGUGUUGUCCAACAAGGCAGCAUAAAUUCUUACAUUAGAUAGUGAAGUGUACUGAGUGGAUUUAUAACAGAUGGAUGAUGAAUAGUGAUAUCUCUUUGAUAGUUCACUGUGUGGCCACAAAUUAAUUUUAUUUAUAUACAAAUAAAUAUACAAUUAGUUAAAACACAACUGUAGUGAGAUUUUUCUAAUUCCUGAGGAAACUGAAAGAUUUAAAGUGAAACUCAAAAUUUGAAAGCGCCUGAAGUAUGCAUAACCUGAGGGCCACUCAGCAUUAUGACCACGUUAUGUUGCUUUGUAAACAUCUGUGAUUUUGAUAUGAUUAAAUGUCUUUCUGUCA